UAUAAAUGUACAACUCCCUAUUAUAAACACUCUCAUUAUAAUCACAAAAAUGGUUCUCAAUUUCCAAGCCAACACUUCCAAUUCAUACUCAAAUUGCCAUCUCUUCCUCCAAAAUAUUAUCUCCUAGUACUAGUCAACCUCAAAUUCCCAUAAUUAAUUACAAUCUCUAUAAUACAAAAUUUCCUUCCAAUAUAUACAAAUAUACUAAUAUUGUGGCCAUGGCACUAAAACUUCGCAGUCAAUAUUCGGUCGUCAUAACCCUGCUCGUGAUAUUUAGAGUAGCCAUUCUCGCCACAGCACACAACAGCCGUGACGACAAGUACGUCCGGGACGCCUGCAGUGUGACGAGGUACCGCAGCCUCUGCAUCCGCUCUCUGGCGCCAUUCUCAAGCGCGGCCAAGGAUAGCCCGGUUAUUUGGGCUAGAGCCGGGGUCUCCGUGACCCUCAGCGAGGCCAAAGGCGUGGCGCUGUACCUGAUGAAGCUCAAUCGAAACAACAACGGGACGAGAUCAGGAAGAAGAAAUUACUACAAAGCUGCGCUGUCUGAUUGCGUGGAGCUCUUCGAGAACGCCGUUGACGAGCUUCACCAGUCCCUUAGGGUGAUGAGAAAUCUGAGCAAGAGAACGUUCGGGACACAGUUGGGCGACCUAAACACUUGGCUGAGCGCGGCACUCACCGACGCGGACACGUGCUUGGAGGGCCUAAAGAGGGGAAGAUAUGCGAACCCAAUACGGGCUAAGGUGUCAAGAACGAGUUAUACUGCGAGUAAUGCAUUGGCUCUUGUUAACAAACUGGCUGCCACUGGUGUGCGCAACCUCCCUGAUCCAUAGACUGUCCACUCUAUUAAGUCUUCUUAUUUGGAAAGAAGUAAUUUAGCAGUUAUAUAUAAGUAGAGAAAGCUCGCGCCAAAGACUUGGCUACCUUCUACGAAUAAAUAAGGAUAUAAUUAGUACGUCCGUGGGUUAAAGUACUCAUUAUGUAAACGGUUGUUUUUUUUUUUCGAUUUGGAAAGUUAAAUUAAUAAUAGAUACAUAUAUAAAUGUUUGAUUUGUGAUCAUGCAA